AUGGCCAAUUCAGCACCACAACACAUAUCUCUUUCAAGUAGGGAUCAAUUUGAUGCUCACGAGGAAGGUCAUUCAAGUGCAAGUGAUUCAGAGUAUCAACAUGCGCUGGAGGUAGUUUUCGAUGCUCAAAAUGCGCAUCGUAGGAAAUCGUCUCUCGUAACGGCCGAUACGCCCGCAGCCACUUUCCAGCGAACAAAGAACACAGAAUGUUAUGUACACGCAUUACUCGAAAGUCAGAGAAAAAGCGGGAGGGCAUCAAAUAGUGGUUUGGAGGGAAUAGCAGAAACUUUAGCCUCACGCAGAAUCGCAAGUGGAAAGGAUGAAACAGAUGAUAAAGAAGAUGCAGUAGUCGAUAAGAAAAUGCACAACCACAAUGAAGAGGAAAAUUGCGGACAGAUUGAUGAAACAUCUUGGAGAGAUACUCUCAAAGCGAAAGGUGCAACACAGCCGGUUGAAGAUGAUGCAAGUGGGAAGGUGCAAUUACAACCUGAUGGUGUGGAUGCGGGCGCGACGCACAGUAGACUUCUCACAAAGAAACAACUCUCGGAUAUGGCUUGGGGAGUGAGGGAAUUGAGUAAGAGGUUGGGGAGUAUCAGGCUGAAGCUGAAAGUAAGAACGGUUUUCAUCCUUACAAAGGUGCAUGAUGAGAGCUUGAUUGCAAAUACCAGGGAGGUUACGAGAUGGCUCUUGAGUCCAGAAAGACAGGUCAGAUACACGGUUUUCGUGGAGGAAAACUUGCGGGAUAGUAAGAAGUUCGACGCGAAAGGGUUACUGGAUGAGUUGGAGGAGGCUGAAGAAGGAAAGAUUAAUGGUGAUAAACAUAAGAGGUUGAGAUACUGGUCAUCAAAUAUGUGCAGGACGAGACCGCAUACAUUUGAUUUUAUCAUUACCUUGGGUGGUGAUGGGACAGUUCUUUAUGCGAGCUGGCUGUUCCAGAGAAUUGUACCUCCAGUUUUGAGUUUUGCACUGGGUAGUCUAGGGUUUCUGACUAAGUUCGAUUUUGGAGAUUUCGAGGAACAAUUAACCACUGCAUUUAGAGAUGGAGUCACUAUCAGUCUCAGAUUGAGGUUCGAAGGUACGGUAAUGAGGAGCCAGACGAGAAAGCCCAAGGCCGUUACGGAUGGCGAGAAUGGUAAUGAGGACACAACCCCGAAACGGGACUUAGUGGAGGAGUUAGUGGGCGAGGAAAUGGGAGAUGAGAGAACUCAUCGACCAGAUGGUACAUAUGAGAUUCUCAAUGAUAUUGUGGUUGAUCGAGGACCAAAUCCUACCAUGUCGUCCAUUGAGAUUUUCGGCGACGAUGAACACUUCACCUCCGUCCAAGCGGAUGGUGUCUGCGUUGCCACGCCAACGGGCUCCACAGCCUACAAUCUCGCUGCCGGUGGCUCCCUCUGCCAUCCUGAAAACCCUGUUAUCCUCGUAUCAGCCAUCUGCGCACAUACUCUUUCGUUCCGUCCCAUCAUCCUCCCAGAUACCAUCGUACUGCGUCUAGGUGUUCCAUAUGAUGCGAGAACGAGUAGUUGGGCGAGUUUUGAUGGGAGAGAGAGGGUGGAAUUGAACCCAGGCGAUUAUGUGACGAUUAGUGCUAGUCGCUAUCCGUUCGCUAAUGUGAUGCCUCAAGGGAGGAGAAGCGAAGAUUGGGUUAAUAGUAUUAGUGGGAAGUUAGGAUGGAAUACGAGACAAAGGCAGAAGGGGUAUAAGGAGUGGUCUACAUGA